AUGCCUUCUACCAGAUCACUCGUCGCUGUCGGCGCGACAAUUGGACAAGCUUUGGCAAAUGCCGUGCCCAAAUGUGCCCAGGUCGUUGACCAGAAGAGCUUCAAUGUUCUGCCUGUUGUCCCGCCGGCCGUCGAAUACAAUGGAACCACCCCGUUUAUAUGGCCUGGUACAACCGCGGAAUCACUCCUAGCCAAACCUUUCCACAUUUACGACCCGGAAUUCUACGAUGUGAUUGGCACUGAUCCGUCUCUGACUACCAUUGCAACCUCACCAUCGGAUCCUCUCUUUCACGAGGCGGUAACGUGGUACCCUCCUACCAACGAAGUUUUCUUCGUUCAAAACGCCGGACCACCUGCUGCAGGCACUGGAUUGAACAAGUCUGCUAUCAUCCAAAAAAUCGCCAUUGCCGAUGCCGAGAAGGUCCGCAAAGGAAGUUUGAAGUCGGUGCCCAUCUCGAUUGUGAACACAUCGAACCCGCAAAUCAUCAACCCCAAUGGUGCUACCAUGUACAAGGGAAAGCUCAUUUUCGCCGGUGAGGGUCAGGGUGACCGUGUGCCAUCAGCUCUUUACGUCAUGGACCCUACGCCACCUUACAAGACUACUACUCUUCUCAACAACUUCUUUGGUCGCCAAUUCAACUCGCUCAAUGAUCUUAUUGUCAACCCUAUCAACGGUGAUCUCUACUUCACUGAUACAAUCUACGGCUUUGUCCAGGCCUUCCGUCCCUACCCUGGUAUUAGACAACAAGUGUACCGUUACAACUUCAACACCGGUGCUACCACCGUUGUGGCUGAUGGAAUGGAGCACCCCAACGGAAUCGCAUUCUCCCCUGAUGGCAAGAAGGCCUAUGUUACUGAUACCGGUAUUGCCAAUGCCAACUACGGCCUCAACCUGACCGCCCCUGCAUCCGUCUACUCUUUUGAUGUUACCAAGGACGGCACUUUCAACAACCGCCAGACUUUCGCCUUCGUCCCAUCUUUCAUCCCUGAUGGUAUCAAGAACGACUCCAAGGGCCGCGUAUACGUUGGUUGCGGUGAUGGCGUCUGGGUCUACAAUGCUGCUGCCAAGCUUAUUGGCAAGAUCUAUACUGGAACGACUGCUGCCAACUUCCAAUUUGCUGGAAACGGCCGCAUGAUCAUUACUGGACAGACUAAGCUGUUCUACAUCACCCUGUCUGCCGCCACCACCGGCACAGCAGUCCAAUAG